UUUUCCAAAGAUUUUAAGAAUUAUUCUUGUGGUGGAAAAAAAAUCUUGAAGAAUAAAGAUCUUAAUGAACUAUGCAUAGAGUUUAAUGCUUCAAAAAGAUAUGACAAAGACAUGUUGGAUGAUCUUUGUCCCAACAUGAGCUUAAAGAAGUUGCGCAUAGAGAAGUAUUGGAGCCGACAAUUUCCAACAUGGUUGAUAGAGUUACAAUUGCCAAAUUUGGUUGAAGUUAACAUCUCCUGUGGUUGUAAGCAUAUUCCUCCGUUUGGAAAUCUACAAUUUCUUAAGAACCUUAGCUUACAAUCUAUGGGUGGCAUCACACAGAUGGGUGCGGAGUUCUAUGGGUAUGGAGGCUUUCCUUCCCUUCAAAAACUCAUCUUGGAACGGAUGCAUAAGUUAGAGGAAUGGUCAGAGUAUCAUGGUGUCGAUGAGUUGUUCCCUAAAUUGCAGAGUCUGAAGAUUUUCUGUUGUCCUAAUUUGAAAAGUAUGCCGAGGCUUCCUACAAUCCAACACCUUGAGAUAUCACAAUGCAAUGGGAGCAUACUCUCAUGUAUGGGAACGCUAACUUCUCUUUCUGUUCUCAGAGUGGGAAAUCUAAACGACAUGGCAUUUCUUCCAAAUGGCUACAUCAGAAACCUCACAUCCUUGACAAAAUUAAAAAUUACACAAUGGACACAACUCCAAUCUCUUCCUGGGAAUGAAAUGCAGCACCUAGAAAUGCUUCGCUCAUUGACCAUUGAAUGGUGUAAUAAUUUGGCAUCCUUCCCGUCGGAAGUGGGGCAUCUCAAUUCUCUUUGUUUUAUACGGCUCUUAGGUUGUCCAAGUAUUAUAUGGCAGCCAGAAGAACUCAUACAAAUCUUGAAUUCAGUACAUCAGUUUCAAAUACAGAUUUGUGGCAACAAAGUCAAUUUACGUGGGCAACUGCAACACUUACACACGCUCAAAGGAUUGUCUCUAAUUGGUGCACAUGUAUCAUCUAUCUACAAAUACAAUAAAGGGUAUGAAAAUCCAGAAUUAAGUAUUUGUUGUUGUGAUGAAUUGCAGUCGUUGAUGACAGCAGAAGUAGCAAAUAGUGCUCAACUAGAAAAAUUAUAUAUAGAUGGAAUUUCCAAUCUCACAACCUUGCCUGACUGGCUACAGCAUCUAAAGUCUCUUCGUUUACUGACAACCCGGAAUUGCCCACGAUUAGAAAGGGUGCCAAUGGAUUUGAAGAAUCUACAUAUGUUGGAAGAUUUGAGGAUUGUCGGUUGCCCACAACUGGAAAGUAGAUGCGAAACUCAGACAGGCAAAGAUUGACCGAUCAUCUCACAUGUGCGAAAUGUUUAUAUAUGCUCCUUGAAUUCAGCCGGACAUGGUGAAGAGGCCGAUCGAGGAUGAGGACUGGAUAGAUGAAGACUUGGCAUAAGAUCAAAGUUGCAUCUUAUGAAUAGGAGCAGGUGUCCCUACUCGGCUACUGCUUGUCUCGGGUCAAAUGGAAAGGCAAGUGCUAGAGAUAGACACACACAUGCAGAACAGAGCUGGCCAAGCAAAGGAAAGCACUCAAUUUCCAAAUCAGUGCAACACAAUUUCUGAAUCUGAUAAACAGAUUCAAGAACCCAGUACACAGCAAAUGUAUAUGUGCAGCCAAUCAGAUGGGAGGGGAAAGCUCAAAUCCAACUUCAAACAGGGAUGCCCAGCAACAGAGACAUGUAACUGAUUCAAAACAGAAGGAUAAAACAAAUGCAGAGCCAUUAACUGAUGCUACUGCAACAACACAGUUUUAUCAGUCCGAUAUCAGUGUCAAUCAGCAUUCUCUGGCUGAGAAUAAAUCUGGUGAUCUUGCAAGACUCUACCUCAUCAGGCAGGUAAGCCCCCCUAGCCAUGGUUGUUGGAUCAAUUAAUUGUAUGGGCUUAUAUGUGAGAGAUUAUAUGUUGUAGGCUGUUCAGUAAAGUUAAGCUUAA